AUGGAAAACAAUGAAUGGAAAAGUUGGCAGAACCUGAAGGUCAAGGUCCACGACUUGCCUUUGGACAUUGCUACCGUCGAUCUCUACAAACUCUUCAAGCAUGAGGGCACUAUCAGUAGAAUUGACAUUGUACGAGAGGUGUACGGAAAGGUGGCCUUCAUGGUUUUCAGCCCGCCGCCACGCAGAGCCUUCUGGAAGGACAUGUGGUUCCUUCCAGCUGGACAGUCAGGCUCUGGAAUUCAGCUGAGAGUUGAGGCUCGUGGACCGGACAGACAGCUUCGGAGAGCCAGUCCAGCCAAUCCGCUAAAAACUUAUCCUGAGAUUAUGACAAUCUCAGCAAGCUCAAUUGACUUCGGUUUCAUGUACAACGAGUCGGCCAUGAUGAUUAUGCAAAAUGCAAGCCCAAUCCCUCCUCACAACAUUUCGGUCACGCUCAAUCUAAAGUGGGCCAAGCUCAUUGUCCAGUUUCCACUUUCCAUGUUCAACGAAGAGGAGAACUUUUUCGUUACUCAGCCAUUCCGCUUUGAGAUCCCUACACAGCGCCUGAGCAAAAUACACGAGGCAAGGGAAGGCGACAAGCGGAUUCUGAUCAUUCCAUCGGAUUGCGUCCCCCGGUAUGCUCGCAAGGCGCAGGAAGUGGAACGGACCCAUAACAAUGGUGAUUCCUCCUGGGACGAGUCAAAGGCGUGGUAUCGCUCAGUCGAUAUCGCGCACCUCCGCGAACCAUUGAAGACGGCCCCAACCGCGCUGAGGAAGAAGAAUGCAACGGUCGACAUUGGCCGCUGGACCACGUACAAGAUCGAAUUUGACGCAUCUUCGACAAACCUGAAGCAAUAUGACGAGAUGUUGAGCGCCUUGACUGACUGGAAUGUGAGCAUCGUUGGCGACACACCAAUUGAACUUCUGGAGAAAGAGCAGCCAAUUUUGUGGGACAUAAUCGACACCCCGCAGUCCUAUUCUCCUCGCCGCAAUGCGAGCCCUUGUGGUCUUCAACCAGAACCAAUCCAUCUCGACUUUGAAGUUCGGUAUCAGUUCGAGGCCUGCCUCUCAAACAACAUCCUGAACGAGCACAACAUUACCCGGGAUUUCAUACAACGCCUCGCAAAGAUGAACGGGAAGAUGGCUAAAGCCUAUCUUGAGGUGGCGAUGGACAAGAAACAGCGUUUCUACGAGCCUAUGGACAUCUUCAAGCUACCGCUUGGUAAGAAGGGAAUGCAAAAGGAGAUCCCCGCUCAUUGCGUUUGGUCUCGCGCUGCCACCGUCACUCCGUCAACCAUCAUCAUCUCUUCCCCGUCAAUGGAAAUUUCCAACCGUGUUGUCCGCGACUACAUCGCGCACAGCGAUCGCUUCUUGCGUGUGAAGUUCACGGACGAGAAAUACGAGGGAAAGUUGGGUAGCCGGAGCGGCGACAGCGACAAUGAGUUGUUCACUCGUGUCUGGCGUACACUAACUAAUGGCAUCACAAUCGGCGAUCGCCAUUAUGAAUUCCUUGCCUUCGGAAACUCUCAGUUCCGUGAACAUGGUGCCUAUUUCUUCUCAUCCGUGGAGACGGAUGAAGUUCACCUGACACCAUCGUACAUUCGCAAAUUCAUGGGCGGGUUCGAGGACAUUAAAGAGGUUGCUCGAUAUGCCUCACGCAUGGGGCAGUGCUUUUCUACGACUCGGGCAGUCACGAGCGUCAAGGCCAGCAUCGGUGCAAUGGAGGACGUCAAACACAAUGGCUACACUUUUACGGACGGCGUCGGUAAGAUUUCACCGCUUCUAGCGCAAAAAGUUGCAGAGGAGUUUGGUCACCCCAAUCCGGUCGAAGACACCCCUUCUGUUUUCCAAUUUCGACUUGGAGGCUGCAAGGGUAUCCUUGCCGUUUCACCAGAGCUCGAAGGCCACAAAAUCGUUCUGAGAAGAUCCCAAGAGAAGUUUGCAGCGGAUCAUGAUGGCCUUGAGAUUAUCAAGUGGUCUCAGUACGCGACAGCUACUUUGAAUCGACAACUUAUCAUCGUCCUUGAUGCACUUGAAGUCCCUGGGCACGUCUUUAUGACCAAGCUUCGGAGCCAGCUCUCAGGCCUUACCGAUGCAAUGACAUCAGAGGAUGUGGCGCUUCGUUUCCUGCAAAAGUCCGUUGACCCAAUCCAGACCACGCUAACAUUAGCCGGAAUGGUCAUGGAUGGCUUUAUGAGUGCCAGGGAACCUUUUCUGAUGUCGGUACUGCAUGUAUGGAGGGCUUGGAGUCUCAAAAAUCUCAAAGAAAAGGCAAAGCUUUUCAUCGGGGAUGGAGCGUUUUUGCUCGGGUGUGUCGAUGAGACUGCUUCCCUCCGUGGUCAUUUCUAUUCUGAACAGGGCGAGACUCACUGCACAAAGAAGGACUUGGACUUGAAAGUCUUGCCGGAGAUCUUCGUCCAAAUUUCGGAUCCCGAUCAUGAGGGACGCUACAAGGUCAUUGAAGGCCUGUGCAUUGUUGCACGCAAUCCUUCGCUUCAUCCUGGAGACAUUCGCGUCCUUUCCGCCGUCGACAAGCCGCAGCUACACCACUUGAAGAACGUCGUAGUAUUCCCACAAACUGGUGACCGAGACAUUCCGAACAUGUGCUCUGGGGGCGAUUUGGAUGGGGAUGAUUACCUGGUUAUCUGGGACAAAGAUCUCAUCCCGAAUAUCAUCAAUCACUCACCCAUGGAUUUUACGCCAGAUAAAGAAGGGAAUGAGCGGCUAACCGUGGAGGAGGUCACUAUGGAAGACAUCUCGAGGUUCUUUGUCGAGUAUAUCAAGAACGACAGCCUCGGACAAAUUGCAUAUGCACAUCUGGCUACGGCUGACUUUGAGUACGAGGGUGUCAUGAGCGACAAAUGUCUUGAACUGGCUCGUCUCCAUUCCCGUGCUGUUGAUUACCCGAAGUCUGGCCUCAGUGCGAAAAUGACGAGGAAUGACCGACCAAAGAAGUACCCACACUUCAUGGAGAAACCACCGGAGAAGACCUACGUCUCGAAGAAGAUCUUGGGAAAGCUUUAUGACGCUGUUGAAACGGUGGAUCCGGAGCUUUGUUUUGGUUCUCCUUUCGACAGCCGCAUUCUCAAUGCGUACAAGAUCGAACCUGAAGUACUGGCCAAAGCAGCUGAGAUCAAGGAACUGUACGAUACUGCUGUACGGAAGUUGAUGGCUCAGCACGAUAUCAAGACGGAGUUCGAGGUGUGGUCUACGUUUAUCUUGAAACACAACACAGAAAUCCGGGACUACAGUUUGCAAGAGGAAUUCGGCCGCAUCUGGGAAGCCCUGAGAGAGCGAUACCAGAAACUUUGCUACGAAGAGGCCGCCGGUGGCUACAAGGAAGAUAUCCAUGGCUCGGACGAGAAAAAGGCAAGAGCGACACUUCAGGAGCAGGGCAGGGCUUUCAAAAACCUUGGUCCGUUCAUCGCUGCCAUGUACACGGUGACCGCGCAGGAAAUGCAGCGUGCCACCGAACUCGUCCGUCAGGCCAAGAUCGAUGCCGGCCGUAGUGCACCUGCCAUGAAGAUGACGCCAGCGAAUAUGCCGCUCAUGAGUUUUCCCUGGAUCUUCCCCCGUGAGCUUGGCCUUAUCGCGGCCGGCGCCAAAGAACGACCUGAAGGUUUCAAGGCGCAGCACUCGGCUCCUCUGAAAAGCCAGGCCGGGAAACAGAAGCCCAAGCUGGGCACCUCUGCCCAAGGUGGCUGGACCAAGGAGGACGAGCUCUUCGUGGAUGGAGGCGCGGUCAUUAAAAAAGGUGAACUGCUCGACAUAUUCGGCGAAAGCAGCAGGUCUGGUCGUACCCAGCAGUCCGGGCACGCUGCUCCCGCUAAGAAUGCUUUGGAGGAGCUCAAAGGGCUACAGCUGUCAGCAGAUGAAAAUAUGGCCAAAAAAGGGGGCCUGAAGCCAAAGCCAUCCCCACAAAUGGUCAAGAGCGAAUCGGAGAAGGGGAAAGACGAAGCCGACCCUGAGGGUCUGUACACAGACGAUGGCCCAUACCCGCCCGGGUCCUAUGAACACCCGUAUUUCUCGGCUAAUGUCAUCCAAACAAACCCUUCCAAGGAUCAUUCUCUUUCUACCACCAAGUCUGCUGAGAGCAACAAGGCACCUCGCAUAAUCGACUCCACUUCCAUUGUAGAUGAGAGCACUGAAGACAAUGACGGGCGUGGUGCCGAAAUCACCACCAAGUCCACCGAGAAGCUCGUUGCUCACGCGACUCCUCCAUCAGUCCCCUCUUCAUCCCGUCCUCCGUCGAUCCCUCCACACCUACGGUCUCAACUUCCUCUACCGCCAAUGGCGAACCGCUCUCGUGCUACUACGCCCGCCUCGCUCAUGGGCUUAUCAGUUACGCAAGAAGACGAAAAUGAUACUGAUGGUGAUGACGACGAGCUGGUUAUUGGUGUUGAGGAGGAGGCGGAAGUCGAUCAGAGAAAGAUCUUAGGGCAUGGAAGAAGAAACCCGCCUUCGGUCGGCAGGGAUUCGAGUGUGCAAAGUGUGGCGGAGCUGGUGCUAUUGAAUCGGAUGGAGAGGGAGCUGGAAGAGAGCGUGGCGGGUGAUUCGAGGUCUUAUGAGAGUGACAAGGAGACCAGGAAGUCUGUGGUGGAUAGCGGACCGGAGAAAGAGCUUGUGGAUAUCGACAAGCCUAAGAUGACUGUGGAGACCGGAAUGGGCGACACGGAGGAUGACAAGAAGAUGGUUCGUGCCGAAGACGAUGGUGAUGUGGAGGUUGAGCAGAAAGCUUCCACUCCAAAGAAGAAGAGAAAGGGGGCUUUGGCUAUGCUGAAGAAGUUCUCUUGA